GCUGGAAUUGGACACACCUUGCUUAGCUAGCCUAUGUGAAUAAUUUGUAAUAAAUAGAACCCUGAAAAGAUUUCUCGACAUAUACAACUAUUUUUUGAUGUCAGGAUAUUUUUCAAUUUAUCCAUGCAGCUUAUCAAGGUCCACAACUUACAGUGUGGACCCCCGGGUGUGGAGCUCGAUAACAUGCAGCUAGACACUAGGCCUACUACAUGUACAGGUACUACACUUGCCCCGGUACUCUUGUUCCACAAGACCAUGACACUUGUGCAGAAAUAUUUACUUCUGCAUUUCCUCUACUUUUCUGGUAAUAAUGGUGUCUUCCAUGUGACCGUGUCCCGGACUGCGUCUUCAUAUUCAGCGGAGUUUUCUACGCCCAUGCUAUGCCGUCAGAAAUGGGCGUGUCGGUUUGUGAAGUUUUCAACUCGCGCGUAUUAUACAGUUCAAAGGUCAACAAAAUGGCGAUUGUGAUUUCAAAACAUUAAAAUUUGUUUCGAAAUAAACUACCCUACUAAAAUGAGAAAUAGCAACGGAAAAACAGAUCAAAGAAAACGAAGAGUAUAUUGUCAAAUUUUCCACUGGCAAGAUUUUGGUGGAUUCCCUUGCAAUGCGGAAGCAAGAGAGUCCAAGCAGUUCGUUCGUAAACCUGAACGAUGAUUCGAUUUUGACAAUUUUGUCAUUUUGUGAUCCCAUUUCUAUUGGACGUCUAGCCAGGUCAUGUCGACGUUUAAGGGAUUUGUGUGGACGGGAAUGUGUUUGGAAGGUUUUGGCGAAUAGGAUGACAACAGUGCACAGCUGUAUCGAAGAAACAAGCUCAUCUUAUUCUAAGAGGGAAGUAUGUCGAGUUGGGAAGAACUGGGAAGAAAGUAAUUACACAAAUAAAUGUGUGAUAAGACACAAGCCCAGACAGAUGCCAUGCUUACAAAUAGAUGAGAGACAUCUAUGGGCAUCCCAAAACAACAUAAUCAAGUGCUUUAAGAGAUUAAAAGAUGGCAGUCUUCAUCGAAGUACAGACGUAACUUUGUACAACCAAAUGGGUGAUAUCUGCAAAUUUGUAUAUAAGGACAACCGCAUAGUCAGCGGUGCUAGGGAUGGUAGUGUUGCAUGCUGGGAUAGAUCCACAGGAUCAAGUCUCUUCUCUAACCGAGAGCAGCACCAGAGUGACGUCAAUGGCAUAGAUAUAGUUGACAAUGUCAUAGUAUCAGGGUCACGUGACUCCACUGUCAAGAUAUCUCGCCUUGAUAAUGCUGGGGACAAUUGGCAGACAAGCAUUAAUCUUGGAGAGAGAGUCUGGUCACUAGCCAUAAGUCCUGAUAAACAGUCAUUUGCUAGUGGCACAUCAGGAGUGUCUGACCAAUCUCCUCAACCACUCAAGAUCUGGGACUUAAACUCAGGGACAUUUUUACAUAAUUUAGGCUCAAAUUUCCGUCGAGGAGCUGGAGUCCUUGAUAUACAAUAUGAAACCCCACAUAUUCUGUUAACAUGUGGAUAUGAUACAAAUAUACGUCUUUGGGACCUAAGGACUCGUGGUCUGGCGAUGACUUGGGAAGAGUCCUAUGAUGCAGCAGUGUAUUGUAUUAAAUCAGACCAUCAUAAUAGCAUAGUCAGUGGUACUGCCUUAUAUGGAGUGGUACGUCUUUGGGAUAAACGGGCAACAAAACCUGUUCAAUUGUAUUACAGUGGACAGCGCAGCUCUAGUAGCCCAGUGUAUUCCCUAGUGUUUGAUACAAAGCAUUUAUAUGUAGCCCUGGACAGAGGUGUGCACUUGCUGAACUUUGGGAUAGAGUAACAACUUUGACCCCACAAGUAUAGGAUGUACUGCAACAUUCACUGAACUUUGGAACCAAAUGUAGGAUGUGGUGCAACUCUUACUGAACUUUGGAUUAAAACAAAGGAUGUGCUGUAACAUUAUCUGAACUUUGGGACCAAGUAUAGGAUGGAUUAUCCCCUGUUUGGAAUUAAGUCGAUGUAAUACAUAUAGCCCUGGACAAGUUGUGAUUCAACACAUCUUGCUGCAUUUUAAAAUCUUUUAAUAGAUGGGGUUGUUGUAUUUUGUAAUUGUGACCUAGACUGUGAUUCAGUACUUCUAAGUACUUCUUGUUAACAGAGUUUUUAAAUUGUAGAAGUAUCAGUGCUUAUUUAAGGAAGUUGUACACUGGAAAAAUAUGGCUCUGUGCUAUACAACCUGUACAAUGAGAGCAUUGCCUUCAUCUAACAUUCAGUUUUAUGAUAAUUUAUGAUUUGGCUCUUGUGAAAAAUGUGAGAAAAAUGUGAUAAAUGCACAAUUUUGAUGGGUUAGGUAAUAUCCUUACUUACCCUGGCCUUUCAGUGACUAUGUUGGAAAAAAGUUUGAUAUCAUACCAUAGGAUAUUCUUUAUUUCUUCAUUUUUCAUAUAUCUUUG